AUGAGGGGGACUUUGAGUACUAGCAAGAGAUUGGAAGAUGUUGAACAUGUUGGAACAUUGAAUCGACUGGUUACUUGUUGUUUUGCUUCUUUAUCUAAUACUGAUGUUGACCAACGUUUGUCGGCUACACAAGCUGCAGUUCAGACAAUGAAGGUUUUAACAGCUGUUCCUAAGUUAAUGAAACGACAAGAAAGCUUCAGAAAUACGAUUGUAAGCUUAGGUUGGAAUAAAGCAGCUGGUGGUCGUGAUAUCGAAGCUUCAAGUCGAACGAAUUUCUCAGGUUUGGCUAUCAAUCGGGCUUGCUCAAGAUAUCAAGCGUUUGUAGAACUUUUAAAGGUUAGAGAUAAUACUUCAAUCGAUACUUGUAUACCUACAUGGGAUAUAAAUUUGGCUUGGAGGACUCAUCAAUUGAAGGGUCUUAAUUAUAGUGAUGCAAUUUUUGAACAUCUUGGAAAGGAUUUAUACUUACCCUGGAUCAUUGGCAAAACGUAUAGUUUUACUGAGCAAGUUUUCGAUCAGCAUACACUUACGGCUUUAUUCGAAUCCACCUCUAAAGCUUGGGAGAAACUUUACGGUGUCAGUUAUUCGCAAUACCCAGCCCCCGAAAUCGUCUUUGUUAAACCUGAACUGUUACGCCAAUCAAGACUUCAGCUUUUGGCUCGUGCACCUUCUCCACCACCCGUCUAUGUACCAGAUAGCAACAGGGAGGAUGGAUCGGUGGUCGCCCCUCCACAAGCGGUUUGCUUUGUGAUCGAUGAAUCUCGACCUUCGAUGACCGGCAGUCAAAGAUCGAGACCAUCCUAUGAGCAUGACCAACAAUCAACUAUAGGAUCUGAUGGUUCAAACUAUUCUGAUGAUAUAAGACCUUAUCAUCCAGAUACAAAGACUCAAGGAGCGCAAGAGAUAAUUGCUAAAUCGAUCUCUGCAACACAGAAUAUAAAAUCAUCUAUGCCAGAAUGUGCGGUCAAGAAUGUCACCGAUUUAUCAAUUGUCUCGGAAUUACCCACAAGUAAAACUUCUAAUCAAACAACGGUUUCAAAACCUGAAAGUGCAAGAAAGAUUAGAUUUGAGGAUGAACAGUCAUCAUUAAGACCGUCACCUAAAUGA